AUGACCUCCACCUAUACCUCCGCUGUUGGUUUCUCUUAUAACGAGCUUAAGUAUCAACAACACUCUUUUCCUUACCAAUCCCAAGAACAAGAAUUACAGGAAGCGGAAGAGAAAUAUUGCUAUGCACAGUAUGAUUUACAAGUUGCCAACGCAGUGGCGGAAGCUGACUAUGAGGAUUACUAUUGUGAAUAUCAAUACCAAGAUGAAUGUGACCAAGAUGAAUAUAUGGAAGAGUACGAUGAUGAAGAGCCUCAACAAUACCAGCAAGAUCCUUCCUAUGACUAUAGAAAUGAUUCCUUAUUGUCUCUUGUGGUUGGUGUCCAAAACUACCUCACUGAACAAGCUGAUCAAUCUUCCAAAUGCGAUUCUCCACUCUACAAUCUUCAAUACAAAAUGUAUGUUUACAUGCGUCAAAGAGCCAUCGAACUCGGCGUGCAAUUUUGA